AUGGGUAUGCCGUCAACAGCGGGAGGAUCCUUGCACUCGAAAACAGAGAUGACCAUGAUUCGAAUGUACUUCAUUGGAGUUCCAGAAGACAACUUGAUCCAAGUAUACCCAGGAAUCUCUAGAAGACUUCCCGGCUUCACGUCAGGUAGUAAAGAACCGGACAACAAGGUGUCAGUCACCGCUUUCCAACAAUUGUUGCUGCCAUCAAACAAGACAAGCUUCAAGAUAUCUUGUUUACCAAAACAAGCUCUCUGCGCUUUGGUGACGGACACAACAGUGGCCCUCAACGUCGCCAGUGGAUUUGGCGAAUGA